AAAAGACAGAUAUCUCAGAAAAAAAGAGCUUACACCAUCGAAAUCAAUGGCGACGACAGGACAACAAAAGCAUCAGCAACAGAACAAAUCGACAGAGAAGAAAAAGCCGGUUUUUGUGAAGGUGGACCAGUUGAAGCCAGGGACCAAUGGCUAUACCUUAAUCGCCAAGGUUUUGUCUUCUAACACCGUCCUUCAAAAGCGUCGAGCCGCUUCUCCACAUCUCCGACAGAACCGAAUCGCCGAGUGCCUUGUUGGAGACGAGACUAUCCUCUUCACUGCUCGUAACGAUCAAGUUGAGUUGAUGAAGCCUGGUACUACUGUAAUUCUUCGUAAUGCAAAGAUCGAUAUGUUUAAGGGUUCCAUGAGGUUGGCUGUCGACAGAUGGGGACGUAUCGAGGUCACUGAUCCGGCUAACUUUGUUGUCAAAGAAGAUAACAAUCUAUCCCUCAUCGGGUAUGAAUUGGUAAACGUCGUCGAAGAAUGAUAAGAGACUUCAUGGACUACCGCGACUGGAUCCUGAAUGAGUUUUCAUGAUGUUGGCCUAAAUAAUGAUUCUUUCAUCUUGGUAAUGUCGCUGCAAUGCUGCGUUGGGACAAAUUUUCAUUGCGAAAGUUUCGGAUUUGGUAUACAAAUCUUGCUGAUUGCCGGUCUUUUAUGCAU